AGCUACGGUCGGCGAGUUUUUCCAACAAACCGCGGGCAUCGCGUUGACACCGGAACAAAUCUAUCAAAUGCAAAAAUGUCUGGGUCGUCUGGAAGAGUAUACACUUGUCAUGCGGGUUUUCCAUGACCCAUGUGGUCUGGAAUGCGGGACCUAGCAUGACAGACUCUGUGAGGUCUUUGCCAUGUGUGUCCUGCAUGAGAAAGAACUUCGUCCCAACUGGGUUGACAGUGGACAGCUUUUGGUAAUCAUGCAACACAAGUUUUCGCAGGAUUCGGACUCAGCAUGACAAGUUCCAACCUUCCAGACCCAGACAUAUUUGCAGUUCAUAAAAUCGAAAAUGUCGAAAUCACGUUAAAAGACCCGAACGCAGUGUGUGUCCCGCUCAAAUGGUACAGUCUCAAACGUUACAACAGAAUAAAUGGAAAUGAUCUGUGAUGCAAGAAGUGCUGGAUCUAGCCAAGCCUACGCCCACAGGGAGAUUGCGCAUGACAAGUGUAGUUUGAGUCCCAAGCCGCGCUAGAACCUGGCGAAAUUCGUAAUGUAGAGAGUGGAACGCUCUGCGAUUCUAUCAUGCUCGUCAUGCAACACAAGUUCCAGAUGCUAUUGUAACGCUUGAGGUUGUAAUACCUGAGUAGGUUAUACGGUGCCGCCGAAUGUUGAAGUCGAAAUAACCUUCGGCGUGCGCGUGGACAGCUCCGAUGUGGAUGAAAUCAAUGCCGUAUGCAUAGCAAAUAUCCAUCUGGGUGUGGAUUUGUGAUGCGAGAGGUGAAGGACAGCAAGAUCUGUAAUGCCUGAGUACGAUUGUUACCAAUUUUGAAUAUGUCGUACAGGAAGGCAGUUUGUCAUGCGUUCUACGCUUAAUUCUGCAACAAGCCUCGCGCAACUUCUGAUGCUGUUAUGCCGUGUAAGUGGCUACUCUGCGACGUGAGUAUCAGCAACACAAUAAAUUUUUCCCAGACGUCCACGGAUAUUUGCAGUUGAUAUGCCGCGUGGGCUCCCGAUGCGGAGUUGUCCCCGACCGGGACUGAGGUGCAAGCGUUAAAUUCGGCAGUAAAGAAAGCGGUCAAUGAGGACCCGGCUAUGAGUAACCAAAUGACAGUCCCCGACACGAAUGCAGUGCCAGGAACGGUCAUCGUUACAACAACGACAACCACGACGACCACGCCAACGCUUCUCCCAAGGGGCUUCGACCUGAAAUUAGAUCUCCCAGCCGGUGCUGACGUCGCGACUGCGCUGAGUGACCCUGUGUUGAGAAGCAGUGUGGCGGCCGGUCUGGUCGAAUAUCUAAACGCGAAACAGGUCGGGGUGACGCUGACAGCUGAUCAGAUUGCGAAUUUGCAAAUCACGGAAAAGGAGGGACUCCUGGGUCAAUUCGAAGUUCAUUUUGAUGUUGAGAUUGAUCCGGCGCAUGUAUGAAGUGCAAAAGCUUAUCGUACAAGUCGGAUUUGACAAGUUCUUCAGUGUUGUGUGACAGCACGAUCUUUGUUUUUUCACCUGAAAAUUCGCAUGGCAAUUUCCAUUCCCGCAUUUGAAAAAAUGUGUUACUACGGAAAAUACUUCCUUACUUUUGCAAUGCACAUUAGUACUUCCUUACUUUUACUUUUUUACGGUGAUGCUUUUGCAAUGCACAUUAGGCUGGACAAAUCGAUUUCGCCUGGGAUCCUCAUGCGGCUUUGACCGAAGCCGCGAUGCAGAAUUUAGGAGCAGAGCUGCGGACUGCCGUUAGCAACAAUGCGGCUAACAUGAGUAUGAGUAUAUCAGUUCCCGAUACUGACGCAGUGCCAGGAACGGUCAUCGUUACAACAACCACAACCACGACGACCACGCCGACACUGCUACCCAGGGGCUUCGACCUGAAACUGCAACUUCCAGACGGUACUGACGUUGCGACUGCGCUUCGUGAUCCUGCACUGAAAAGCAGCCUGGUGGCCGGGUUGGUUGAAUUUUUGAACGGGCAGCCGGGUGGGGUAACGCUGACAGCUGACCAGAUCGAGAAUUUGCAAAUCAGGGAGAAGGAGAAUGCCCAGGGGCAAUAUGAAGUGCUUUUUGAUAUUGAAGUCGACCCUGCGGAUGUAUGCAGAGUGAAAGUUUUUUAUCGUGCUGGGGCGAGAAGUUCUGCAAUGUCGCAUGACAAGUUUUUGCUUUCUAUGUCUGAAUCUGCAUGAGAAACAAGGUCAUGGCGCGGGGACAGAGUCCCCGCGCUGCGACCUUGCGGCGAAGAAGGGCCACCCGCGGCGGCUUUUCUUGCCCAUGAUGCGGCAGGUUUUUUUUUUGCGACAGAACGGGGUAGCUUGGCGCUCGUGGUGCCGGCGCCCCCCCUGGAAAAAUGCGCCUUUUUCUGCGCCCCUGGGCGGGGCGCCCCCCCCAAAGGACUACCCACGACCAACCGAGGGCGCGGCCGUCCGGGAGGUUGUUUUCCCGAACCAGGGCGCGCGGGCCUGUUUCUGCGCCCCUGGGCGGGGCGCCCCCCCCAAAGGACUACCCCCGACCAUGCGAGGGGGGGCGCGGCCACCUUCCUGGAGCCUGUUCUCCGAACCAGGGCGCACAGACCUGUUUCUGCGCCCCUUGGCGGGGCCCCCCCAGCAGGACUACCCACGACCAAGUGAGGGGGGGGCGCGGCCUUCCUGGGGGCUGUUAGUUCGCUUCGCACUCCCGAAUCAGGCCGCGCGGACCUGUUUCUGCGCCCCUGGGCGGGGCGCCCCCCCCCCAAUGAAUAGGCAGCCAAUCUUUGGCCCCCGGGGUCGGGCCUGACUCUUGAAAAGCGGCCCCCGGGGUCGGGUGUUCCUUUUCCGAAGUCAGGUGGGGAGCAUGUUUUGAGUUGUGCAGGAGGUUUUUGCCGAUUCGGGUCGUGUUGGAUACCCCCGAACAGGGGUCGGAACAUACCCCGGAACACACCCCAGAACACACCCCGAAACACACCCCAGACCAUGCCCCGAAAGCCACUUUCCGACAGUCAGGUCCGGGGUCGGGCCAGACUCUCGAAAAGUGACCUCCGGGGCCGGGUGUCACUUUUGCCGAGUCAGGUGUGGGGUAUGUUUUGGGGGGUGCGUGAGGAAAUGGCCGAGUUAGGUCGUGUUUGAUACCCCGGAACAGGGGUCGGAACAUACCCCGGAACACCCCCCGAAAACUCAUUUUUGGGCAGUUGCUGCAGUUUAAAUAGUAAUUUCAUUUUUACUUCUGCAAAAAUUUUCAAUCGCAGUACUAAUUUCUAGUGCGAUAGUACAUCUUUUGCAAAUGCAUACCCUGCUGAAAAAGUCGACUACGCCUGGCAUCCCGAUGUGGCUUUAACUGCAGACGAGAUGGAGACUUUGGGAACAAAGCUCCAGACGGCCGUUAGCGCAAAUGCGGCCAACAUGACCACGCAAGUAACUGUACCUGAUCCCGCCGAUGCUGUAACAGGAACGGUCCUCGUUACAACGACCACCACAACCACUACCACACCAACACUGCUACCCAGGGGCUUUGACUUGAAAUUGAACCUUCCAGCAGGUGUCAACAACGUUGCGAAAGCGCUGGAAGAUCCCGUGCUACGAAGCAGCGUGGUUGCGGGUGUAUUGGAAUUUUUAAACGGGCAGCCGGGUGGGGUAACGCUGACAGCUGAUCAGAUCGCGAAUUUGCAAAUCAGGGAAAAGCCGGGGGUGUCGGGGGAGUUUGAAGUGCUUUUUGAUAUUGAAGUGGACCCUGCGGAUCUAUGCAGAGUGAAAGUUUUGUCGUGCUGGGGCGAGAGGUUCUGCAGUGUCGCAUGACAGAUCUGGUUUUUAUGUGUGAAUCUGCAUGACAAAUUUCCAAUUUUUGCUUCUGCAAAAAUUUUCAAUCGCAGUACUAAUUUCUAGUGCGAUACGACUUUUGCAAAUGCAUACCCUGCUGAAAAAGUCGACUACGCGUGGCAUCCCGAUGUGGCUUUAACCGCAGACGAGAUGGAGACUUUGGGAACAAAGCUCCAGACGGCCGUUAGCGCAAAUGCGGCCAACAUGACCACCCAGGUAACAGUACCUGAUCCCGCCGAUGCUGUAACAGGAACGGUCCUCGUUACAACGACCACCACAACCACUACCACUCCGACACUGCUACCCAGGGGCUUCGACUUGAAGUUGAACCUUCCAGCAGGUGUCAACAACGUUGCGAAAGCGCUGGAAGAUCCCGUGCUGAGGAGCAGUGUGGUUGCGGGUGUAUUGGAAUUUCUAAAUGGGCAGCCGGGUGGUGUAACGCUGACAGCUGAUCAGAUCGAGAAUUUGCAAAUCAGGGAAAAGCCGGGGGUGUCGGGGGAGUUUGAAGUGCUUUUUGAUAUUGAAGUGGACCCUGCGGAUCUAUGCAUUGCAAAAGUUUAUUUAUCGUGCUCAGGCGAGUAGAGGUUCUGCAGUGUCGCAUGACAGAUCUGAUUUUUAUGUGUGAAUCUGCAUGACAAAUUCCCAAUUUUUGCUUCUGCAAAAAUUUUCACACGCAGUACUAAUUUCUAGUGCGAUACGACUUUUGCAAAUGCAUACCCUGCUGAAAAAGUCGACUACGCGUGGCAUCCCGAUGUGGCUUUAACUGCAGACGAGAUGGAGACUUUGGGAACAAAGCUCCAGACGGCCGUUAGCGCAAAUGCGGCCAACAUGACCACGCAAGUAACUGUACCUGAUCCCGCCGAUGCUGUAACAGGAACGCUUAUUGUCACAACGACCACGUCCACAACCACCACGCCAACACUUCUACCGAGGGGCUUCGAUCUGAGCUUGAAUUUGGAUCUCCCAGGGGACGGCAGCACUGAUGUCGCGACUGCGCUGAGUGAUAUCAAAUGCAAAUAUGUCUGGGUCUGGAAGAUUCUGAGACUUGUCAUGCGCGUUUUGCAUAAGACACGAUGUCUGUGAUGCAUGCCCCAGCGCCACGGACUUUCUGAGGGCUUCUUGAUGCCUAUUCCGCAUCACAAAUUAUGCCCUCUCAGCGUAGCAAAAAUUGCAUUCGCUUUGCUGCUCAUGCGAUACAGACUUUUUUGGAGUCCAAAUGUAGCAUCACAAGUUGCAUUUUUCCAGACCCAGACAUAUGUGCAAUUCAUAAGUGACCCCGCACUACGAAGCAGCGUGGUUAUAUGGAACUGUCAGGAUCGAAAUUGACAAAAUCGAAAAACUUGUGAUGCAUAAAAUGCAUGACGCGAAAUACGUGUGUUGCAGAACAGGCAAGUGAGGCCGAUUGUGAGCCUGUUUGAGGUUAUAGCUCGAGCUGCUAGAGCAGCAUGAGAGAAUCAGUCUUCUUUGCCUAAACAGCAUUACAAACUGGAUUUAGGCACCACCAGAAUUUGUGAUGCGCCACUUAGAAACUGGGUUCGAACUGGAAUCCAUCUUAUGCAUGACAAAUCCUUUCGAUUUUGUCAAUUUCGAUUCUGACACUUCCAUAGGUUGCCGGUCUUGUGAAGUUUUUGAACGACCAGCCGGGAAUGGGUGGCGUCACCCUGACCGCUGACCAGAUCGUGAAUUUACAAAUCCGGCAAAAGGAGGGGGGAGAAUCGGGGCAAUUCGAAGUGCAUUUUGAUGUCGAAAUUGAUCCGGCGCAUGUAUGCAGUGCAAAAGCUUUUUUUUACUACAACUCGGAUGUUGACGAGUUCUGCGCUGUUGCAUGUAGACGCGAUCUACCUUGCUUUCUUACUGGAAAAAUCUGCAUGAUUUUAUUCUGUUCUUGUUCCGUAAAACUAAAAACAACUUUGCAAAUUGCACUUUAAGUGCAACUCUCAUCAACUCGUGAGAAAGCCCGUGAUGUGAAAGAAGUGCUUUUGGACCACUGCACACCAUGCUGAUUCAAUCAACUCCGCCUGGGAUCCCGCCUCGGACUUGCCAGAAACCGCGAUGCAAAAUUUGGGAGAAAAGCUGCAAACGGCCGUUAGCGACAAUGCGGCUAAUAUGAGCACUAACAUCACGGUGCCCAGCACAGCUGUAGGCGGAACGGUCUAUGCAUUGCAAAAGUAUCGUACUCGUGUAAAUGCAUUGCAAAUUUCCUCAGCGUGAGAAAUAAAAUUUGUAAUGCGGAUUUCGAUUUACCUUAGGAAAAAGAUUUGUAAUGCAAGUCUUUAUACGAAUGCGAUACUUUUGCACAGGAUACGGUCAUCGUGACAACGACGACCACUACCACCACCACACCAACACUGCUACCAAGGGGCUUUGACUUAACACUGCAGGUGCCAGCGGACUCCUCCGACGCCGAGAUCGACGAUGCGCUGCGAACAUUGCCGCUACGCGACGCGAUAAGGACGGCAGUGGUGCAGUUUUUUGUAUGAAAGAGGCCAGUGAAAAGAGUGACUCGAUCUGCUGGUGACAAGGCCCUUCUUGUGCAAAGAGGUUGUUUAAAUUUGCCACGCAGCUUCAAGUUCAAUCAUCUGUAUAAAGAAAAAUUGCCUCGACGAAGAAGAUUCAUGAAAAGUCAAUGAAUAGUCUUUUUGCAGUUGAUGUUUUAUUCGUCCAAGCUUAGGUUGUAGAGGACCUCCAUGCAGUAGAUCGAUACAUUUUUUUAGAAAAUGCAUAGUCUGAAAAUAAAUUGAACGACGUGACUCUGACGGAGGAGGAGAUAGAAAAUUUGCAAAUCACCAAAAAGCUCGACGCCAGCACCCCUCCCACGGUGGAGGUGGAAGUGACUUUUGCGGUCCGCAUUGACCCCGCGCAUGCGAGUGCAGUAAACGAGGCUUGGGAUCCGGACGCUGUUUUGGGGGGCGAGGCGCUGGAAACGUUAGUCGAGGCAGUGAGAACCGCGUUUAAUGCCAUGGAGGAGGAUCCUAUUACCGGUCCUAGUAUAAUCACGCUGCCCGAUAUGGAAGCGUCAGAAUCGAGAUUCGCAAAAUCGAAAAACUUGUGAUGCACAAAACCGAUGCCAGUUGGGGCCUCAGUUUGCAAGCGGCGCAAGACAAAUUGCGGGAGCACCCAAAUCCAGUCUGUGAUGCUGUUUGGACAAAGAAGAGUGCUCCUGUCAUGCUACUCUGGCAGCACAUUGCAUACCCCUAAACAGGCUUGAAGUCGGUCUCUCUUGCCUGCUCCCCAAUACAGGCCUGCAGUGCCCUACAUUUUGCGCAUCACAAAUUUUUCGAUUUUGUUGAUUUCGAUCCUGACAGAUCCAUACCCGAGGCAGGUGCUGGUACAACAGUGGUACAGCCAGUGAUUGUGACCACGACCACAAUAUGCCUUGCAAAUACGUCUAGGUCUGGAAGUAUGCAACUUGUGAUGCUGCAUUUGGAUUCUACAAAAAUCUGUAUUGCAUGAAAAGCAAAAGAGGUCCAGUUUUUGCCACGGCGAGAGGGCAUUUCUGAUGCGGUAUAAGCAUCAGGAAGCCCUCACAAAAUCUGUGAUGCUAGGGCCUGCAUCACAGACAUCAGGAGUCAUGCAAAAUGUAAAUGACAAACCUUGCAUCCUUGCAGACCCAGCCAUAUUUGCAUUUGAUACACAACUACCACUACCACGACCACCACCACGACCCACCCGUUACUACCCCGGGGUUUUGA